AUGACGUUCCAAAUGUGUUUGGCCAAUGUCGAUAAGUUGUGGUGGGCCUUGUGGAGAUGGAAGAGAGGCGGCAAGGCAAGGAAGCGAUCAAACGACGAAGCUACCUGGAUUGAGCACCACUUUACGGAUGAUAACCAAACAAGGCAAUAUCACUGUCCCGAAGUCAUGGGGAGAAGAGCUGUCAGAUCAGUGUGGGUGAUGAUGAGGCCAGGCAAAAUUUGUAGUUCAUGGUACAUUUGUACUUCAAAAACCAAAAUUGAAGGGUGUGGUACAUAUGUACCAAAAUACCAAAAAUAUCUGAUUAUGUUCAUCCUAAUUAGGGGAACUGCUGGCUCUCGAAACGAUGCGUUGUUGACACGAGCGCUGCCAAACAAUGUCCAAAGCCUGACCUCUGCUGCCUCCGUCCUCAGAGUUGGUGGGGAUGUUGGAGGUGUUGGAGAUGGUGGUGAAAUAGUCCAUGUUGAGUCAUUCAGGACUUUAUACCUCGCCGGCGUCCAAGCCUCGGUAUCUUUCGAUUGA